ACCGAAAUGAACUCCUUCCUAGAGUACACCAUCUGUAACCGUGGGACGAACGCCUACUCGCCCAAGGCAGGAUACCAGCCUUUGGACCAGGGAAGCGGUGCGACCUUCUCCAGCAACCCAGCGCCCACAGGUGACAGCUAUAAUUCCGAAGCGCGCUUUUUCGUGGGCGGCAGCCCGCCAGCAGCUUCGGCUCAGCAUCAGCACCAGAACACGACCUACCCUCCUCACCAGCAGCUGCACCUUCCCAACACAGGCCUUGCGUACUCCAGCUCGGGGGGCCACACAUAUGGGUCGCAGAUGUGUGCCAACCCGGACUAUGGCAACCCCCAGUAUUUCAUGAGCCAAGAGCAGGAAGGGAUGUACUUCCAAACGUCCAACUUUGCAGUUGCAAACGUGGGACCCAGCAUUGGUUCCCUUGGUUUCUGUGGACCGCCGGGGUCGAUGCCCAGCAGUGGGUACCAGCAGAACUGUGGGGCUCAGGAAGCGCAACAAGGCUUCGUGCCGGGCACGUACCCCAGCAUCUCCCCUUCCCACGGUGCAGAAAAGGUUUUCGGUUGCAACCAAGAGCAAAAUACGUCGGGAAAGACGUUCGACUGGAUGAAAGUUAAGAGGAAUCCCCCCAAAACAGCUAAAGUCGCUGAAUAUGGAAUGCAUGGUCCCCAGAACACAAUUCGCACCAACUUCACAACGAAGCAGCUGACGGAGCUGGAGAAGGAGUUCCACUUCAACAAGUAUCUGACCAGGGCCCGUCGCGUGGAGAUCGCUGCCACACUGGAGCUCAACGAAACCCAGGUGAAAAUCUGGUUCCAGAACCGCAGAAUGAAGCAGAAGAAGAGAGAGAAGGAAGGACUGGCCCCGGUGGCCAACCGAGGAUCAUCCAAAGAUCUUGCUGAGAACUCAGACCACUCCAACUCCUCGUCCCCCGGUGGGUCACCCAGCUCGGAGACUUGA